AUGCGCUCGCUUUAUGUAAAAUUGCAGAAUAUUUCGAUUGAAUUUGAAGUAGAUGACUAGGAAACGUCUCGUAAUCCACAACCGAUAUGGCAACACUGUAUAUAUCAAGAAAAGAGGGGAAAGUGCAGUUUGUUGUUGAAAGCGACCAAUCAGUGACGAACAAGUUUGUUGAUAUUCUCCCCGCAAAUUUUCAUUCAUGAGCAUUUUCCCCGAUUGAAGCACUUCUAGUAACGAUUGCAUCAGUCAACUUUUGAUUAUCGAAUGGAGUGCAAGUUCUUUGAAUUUACUCUUGAUUUUAAUCUGCUCUCAUCCUAAUUGAAUGCACCGAGCUCAACCGCCACCAUGGAUAUGAUUAUGCCCCAAGAAGAUGAUUUCGUCCCGCGCGACUACCAGCGGUCGAUGAAAUUGAUUUGCAUGCAGAAAAACACCAUAAUAUAUUUGCCGACCGGAGCCGGCAAGACCCAUAUCGCCCUUAUGGCCAUCAAGGAAAUGGGUCGUGAUCUCGACAAACCAUUGACUGAAGGUGGAAAAAGAACCUUCUUCGUUGUGAACACCGUUGCGUUGGCCAAGCAGCAGGCUGAAUUCUUGAGCCGCAAUCUAACCUACGACACGUCAAUUUAUACAAGCGAUCGGAACGUGGACACCUGGAAGCAGGACAAAUGGUUGGAUGAAUUUGCCAAGUUUCAGGUCGUUGUUUGCACGUGUCAAAUCUUGCUCGAUGUGCUGAAGCAUGGCUACCUUUCGAUAAAGCACAUUAACUUGCUUAUAUUCGACGAAUGUCACCACGGUGUCGGAGAACAUCCAAUGCACGGCAUUAUGGAGCAGUUCUUGAGGGUGCCAAAAUCCGACCAUCCCCGUGUGAUCGGUCUUUCCGGGAUGUUACUGUAUAAACAGAUUAAAACAGUCGACCAAGUAAGCCCAGAAUUGGAGAGGCUGGAAAACACAUUUAACUCCACGAUCGCCACCGUUGGGAGUUACGACGCAUUCACCGAGGUCUGCCGGUUCUCGACAAAUCCCAAAGAGCUUCUGGUGUCGUAUGAUAGUCUUCGGCUAUCGCCGGUCAUGGUUGACAUCGUCAGAAGCAUUGAGGCUUUUAGUCAAACGAUCAAUGAUUUUCAUCUGCCGAAAUAUCUGAACCAGAACAAAGCCCUGAUGAAAGACAGGCCAAAACCGCUGAAGGAGAUUAAAAAACUCUUUACAGAGCUGGUAUAUCAACUGGGAGAUACGGGACUCUUCGGGUGCUCAAUUGCUUUGCUCGGAUUGAUUGUCCAGUUCGAGCUGGAUAAAAGGCAGUCCGAUAGCUCCAUGCUUAGACUGGCGUUGAGAUCUUGCAUUACGUUUUGCGAAAGCCUGAGGCAUCAGAUCGAGAAGCUGAUGAGCGGUUUGGAUAUCAAGGAAAAAUUGACCAGAUUUAGCAGUCUUAAGAUACGGCAGUUGAUAAAUGAGCUGGAGAAGAUGUAUGAAAGAAACCGCGAUAAAAAGGCAAAAACCCUUGUGUUUGUGCAGCGGCGAUUCUCCGCGAAGGUCUUGUACCAUGUACUGAAAAUCUACUUCUCACAAACGGAGGAUGCUGACCUCAUCCUGCCAGACUUCAUGGUGGGCAGCAACGGGUCAAUGCCGGAAUCUAUUGAGCAGAUUUUGAGUGCCAAGAAAGAUCGUCGGGUUAUCGAACGGUUCAAGAAAAAUGAAACCAACGUUAUUGUAACGACAAAUGUGCUCGAAGAGGGCAUAGACCUCCAGAUGUGCAACACGGUGAUCAAGUAUGAUCAUCCGCAAACGUUUGCAUCUUACCAACAGUCGAAGGGAAGGGCCAGGAUGAAGGACAGCCAGUAUAUGGUGAUGUUGAAUAACGAAGAACGACAAAAAUUUCUUGAAAAGUACCGGCUGUAUAAGAGUAUUGAACAGGAGCUACAGAGGUGCCUUAUCGGAAAAACUAUCAACCGGCCCGAUCCUUUGGAUGCAGACGUCCACAAGGAGUUAUAUAAUGAGAUUAUUCCGCCGUUUUUCACUGCCAAAGGUGCCAAGCUGGAUGCACUCUCUGCCGUUCAACUUCUGAACCGAUACUGCAUGGGAAUGCCACGGGACGCAUUUACCAAUACCAACGUCACAUGGGAACGUGUCGAUCUGAAAAACGGUCAAAUUGUGGUGGAGGUGAUGUUGCCACUGCAGUCCACGGUGCGUGAAAAAAUCUUAGGAAAUCCUAUGCGCAACAUUAAGCUGGCCAAACGAUCGGCGGCUUUCAACGCUUGCCGAAAGUUAUACGAAAAUAAAGAGCUUAGCGAGCAUUUGAUUCCGAUUGAUUGCAGAAAUCAGCUGAACAACUUGAAAGAUGUCUACUUCCGCCACUGGGCUGAUUUUGACGAAGAUUCCGGAAAACUAGCUGGAACACAGAAGUGCAUACGAACGCACGCUAUUGAGUAUCCGAAGCAAACGACCGGUUGCUUCCCGGAGCCUGGUAAACCCUGUUACAUCUACGUUUUGCGCAUUGGAGCCGGCUUCGAGCAAGAUCCUUCGAACGAAAAUGUCAACAUUUUCCACUCGUUGUACAACUCGGAAAACAAUUUCGGAAUAAUGACGACGAAACCGCUUCCAGUUCUGGCAAAAAUGAAGUUCUUUGUAACGUUGGGACUUAUCAAUGUACACCUUGUGGAGACCCCGAUCGUGUUGCCUAACGCGGGCUCCGAAGUAGAACUCGCUCUGCUGAGGCAAUUCCACGUUACGGUAUUCCGCGACGUGCUCCGAUUGUGGAAGGACUUCCUUGUUUACGAUUACGACAACGGGAUCAACAGUUUCAUGGUAGUGCCUUUGAAGAAAUCGACCCACUUGGAUUGGGAACUCAUUCGGCAGUUCCAGUAUUUGAGCGAACCUCCGUCGGAAAUGUCGACGAUGGCUAGGAGCAGGAUGGAUUUCGAAGCGGACAACUACCGCCACAAGGUGAUUCUUCCUUGGUACAAAAACAACAAGGAGCAACCAUACGUCGUUACCAUGGUGCAUGAGCACCUGACGCCGGGCAGCCCCUUCCCAAAUGCGGAGUACGGGUCCUACGCGAAUUACUUCAGCGAAGCGUAUCAUUUGGCCGUGGUUAAGCCGGAUCAAUUCCUCAUCGAGGUAAAAGGUAUCACGAGCUAUCUCAACCGACUGAAUCCCGGAGUCGAAGACGACGGCAAGAGUACCCGAAGCAAGCACUGGCGGUUCAAUGAAAUCCUCAUUCCGGAACUGUGCCACAACUAUCAAUUCCCAGCCGACUACUGGCUGAAGGCCACCCUCCUGCCAAGUGCGCUCCAUCGCAUUCACUACCUUCUUUUGGCGGAGAAGAUUCGUGUGGAUUUGGCGACGGGUGCCAACGUUGGUUGCUUGGAAAACCACACGAUUGAGGACGUGGAUGUGGAGUAUAAGCAGCGGAAGGGGAAGCAAAGUGAAGAGGAACUAGAAUUGAUGGAAUUUGAGGAUGACGAAGAUGAAGAUGACGAAUUUGAUUUGGAGGAAGCGAAAAGGUCGCUGAUGGCGCCACAGGAUUUGAACGAAUUGGCAAAGAAUCAAAUGACUUCCGUUACCGGAGAUAUUCCGCUGCCAUGGCAGGACGACGAGGAACCGGUCGAUAUCGAAAGAAACUGGGAUCAGGUGUCGAAAAUGGAUCUCGAUUACUAUAAUGCUUUUGUUAACAAGUUCUCGGAUCUGUCGGUCCGUGAAAUGACUGCAGAGCGGAUUAGUUCGGCAUACACAUCGGCCAUUUACAGACGGGCUACGAGCAGUCCGAAGAGGGAACCAAUGGCAAUUUUGGACGUUCCGGUAGAGCAAAAGUUUGCCAUAAAACUGCUGCAAUUAAAUCCAGCAAACACGAUCAAUGUCAAUCUACAACAGAAGGACAUUCUUAAAGCAAUAACAACAAAAUCGGCGGCCGAUGUGUUUGAUCUGGAACGUUAUGAGUUGCUAGGGGAUGCCUUCUUGAAGUUUGCAACUUCGCUGUAUUUGAUUAAGUAUCACAAGGACUGGCACGAAGGCUUCUUGACGGCCGUCAAGGGCCAAAUUGUAAGCAAUCGCAAUUUGGUUUAUUGCGCCAUUAAGUACGGUCUUCCAGGCAUGCUCAAAGUACACAAAUUCGACCCGAAAAAUGACUGGCAGCCUCCCCUGGCGACGGUUCCGAAAAACAUUAAACAAACGAUGCAAGCGGUGAAGCACUCCGCUCGCGUCCUGUACCGAUUGACAAUGACGGAUGAAGAGAUAAAAACCGGAGUGGUGGAUCCGAAGACUAGCGAUGAAUUCAUCGCGCAACUCGAGAUGCACGGAAAUACACCCGAUCCGUCUCCGAUGGCCAACUAUCUUUCACAGCAGACCAUGGGGGACAAGACGCCGGCGGAUGCAAUGGAAGCAUUGCUUGGAGUCUGCGUUCAAACGGUCGGCAUGCAGCGAUCUUUCAAACUGCUGCCGUAUUUUGGUAUGCUGCCAAAAACUCAUGAUGUUCUGAAGCUUCUCGAUGAGAAGAUCGAGAACCAACGGCUUAGAACACACAUCGAUUAUCGCGAAGUCGACGGUUUUCUAAAAAAUCACUCCAGGAUCGAAAGCAUCCUUGGGUACAAGUUCAAGGAUAGAACCUACCUAUUGCAGGCGCUUACCCAUGCCUCCUAUCCGACUAAUCGGAUAACCGGAAGCUAUCAGCAGUUGGAAUUCCUCGGAGAUGCGGUCCUGGACUUCCUCAUCUCAAUGUACAUCUUUGAGCAGAACCCUACCAUGAGCCCCGGACAGUUGACCGAUCUUCGUUCGGCAUUGGUGAAUAAUAUCACCCUAGCGUGUCUGCUGGUCCGGCACGGUCUCCACUUGUACAUCCUGGCGGAGUCGGCCUCCUUUUCGGACACCGUCAACAAGUUUGUCAUGUUCCAGGAACAAAACAAGCACGAAAUCACCGAUCAGGUGAACCUGCUGGUCGAGGAAUCGGACCGGAAGAUGGCGGAAUUCGUGGACGUCCCCAAGGCUCUCGGAGACGUCUUCGAGAGCCUUGUGGCAGCAGUGUUUUUAGACUCCGGAAACGAUUUUGCCGUCACUUGGCGGGUCAUCUACGGCAUGAUGGGCAACGAAAUAAUGACCUUCACCGAAAAUACACCCAUUCAGAUCGUGCGGCAACUGUACGAGUUUAAGCCACCAUGUUCGCCGAUCUUCAGUCGCGCCAUUCCGGACGAUGACACGGUGUUGGUGAAGUUGAAAUACAAGAUCCGGAAUCAGCAGCAUGAGGCGUAUGGGUUCGGCCAGAAUAAGGACGACGCCAAGAGGGCAGCAGCCAAGGCGGCGCUGCAGGUGUUGCGGAAGCAUUAUCGCUCCGCAAAAUAGGUUCAUUCUGCGUACACGACGGUAUCGAUACCACAUUUGUUUUGUUUUCUUUGAUUUAGUAAUUGUUGAAUAAUUGUCCAUGUAUGUAAAUACUCCAGUAGUAUCCAGUAGUAGGCUAAGGAAUAUAGAAUGCAUUUGAAAACGUGUCCUCAACAGCUCGUUCAAGUUCAACUAGAAUCAUAAUAAUCGAUACAAUAGUAAAGAAAGCUCUCAGUUAGUUUCUAUUUUGUCCAAGAGGACAAACAGUUUGAUUUGUUGAAUCAAAAAUCAAAUUAAAA